CCCUUUCUGUUGAAUGAUUCUGUUUACAAAGUAAACUAUUGACUCUCUAAUAAGGCAUUAAAAGACAACUUUGCAUAUUCAAAAUAACAGAUUUAUUAUUCCCAAAGUUAGUUAUUACUAACUCAAACUUUUGAAAUUAAUCCUCAGUAACUAACACUGCUCCGACUUCGCCAGUUGCCUAAAAUUCUGUUUGUCCAUUCAUGUUUGUCUGCACUCAAAUAUUUGAUCACCAGGCCGCUCUAGCUCAGCCAUGCGACAGUAUGUUUCUGUACAACCUAAGUGAUACAAACAUUUAGCAAACCCCAAACAGCCCCCCUCGCUUUAAUUUCUCCCUCCUUCUCGGGGCUUAGUCCUCUCAGCUGACACGGCUUUGCUGAGCACUGGGGACAACUUUCUGAAACCCUUUUGUAGCCAGUCCCAUACAAGCAAAAACACACAAGUAAAAUACAAAAAAUAAAGAGCAUCGAGGAUGGUUAUGUUGACAACUGUAGCUUAAAACUCCUUUCCUCUGAAAUAUCUUGGUUGUAUUGCUGAUUUUCAUGAGAAUUAUGGUUACGGAUCACCAACAAAGAAAUUCUAUGUGCAGGAGGAUCGAAGACUGGAAGUUUUCACAGUCAAAGAGGAGGAUAACUGUUUGGGCAAAAUGCAUGAUGGUAAGAAAACUCUGAAAAAUGUCCUUCAAAAAUUCUAAUAGAGAAACACUUCUGUCCUUGCGAUGUCCCUCUAGAUUUAUUCCUAAAAACGCCGGACCAUUGGAGAGGAUUGCUGACCAGAAUCAGAAUUUCCCUUUGAGACUGAUGAUGUCUGAUCUCAGCCAGGUCUCUGUUUACUCUGACUCUUCUGACAUUUAUAAGAAUGUGUUCUGUAAUCCUGCUUUUGAGCUGGAGGGGGAGCAGGAGGAGCGGGUGGACGGCUUCAGGACUUCCUCAUCCACUCCUGAACCAAUCAAACCCCCAGCAGCCAGUUUUGUGGAAAUGUGCUCCAUGCGGCUCAGAGUCAGAGGUGGUGGGUGGGGGCCGGUGGUGGUCUCUGCUGCUGCCCUGCUCCUGCUAACAGCCAUUGGACUGGCACUGGCUCUUAUUCUCACUCAACUGAAAAGCCAGGCAGUGGACAAUCACCUGACAAUAACCUCUACAGGCUUACAGAGCACAGGACAUGAUGUGCCCCUCACUUCAACUGCAGCACCUUUGAACAAAAGUCACAUGGACAGCACAGCCAUACCACAGCCUGCUGUGAUCCCCCAGUCUGAAACAAGCUGUGGAGGUGUCAUGACUGACUCAGGGGGCAGUUUCAGUUCCCCAAACCACCCUGGUUCCUACCCCUCAAACUCACAUUGCAUCUGGGAGAUCCGGGUCCCACUCCCACACCUGGUUCAGAUCCGUGUUUCCUAUCUGGCGGUGGAGGGACCGUCCCCCUGUCUGUUUGACUGGUUGGAGGUUCAGCAGCAGGUCGAGCAGACCUCAGUGUUCACCAGGUUCUGUGGUAACGUCGCCCCACCAACGAUCAACACAAACAGCAGUACCGUAUGGGUCACCUUCCACUCUGACAGCAGCAUCGCCAGCACCGGCUUUGCUGCACAAUAUAGAGCUGUCCUGCCCGCACAAAAGAGCUGCAGCAGAGAAGAGUUCAUGUGUGAUGGUGGCCGGUGCCUGCUGCCUGAGUCUGUGUGUGACGGUCAUCCAAACUGUAAUGACCAAACAGAUGAGGCAAACUGUAGCCAUAAGAAUAAAGAAUGUGGUGGUCAGAAGUCUGGGCCGUAUGGUUACCUGGCAAGUCCAAAUCACCCCAGGCCUUAUCCUCACCAACAGUUGUGCGUGUGGCAUAUAUCUGUUGAUGAGGGUCAUGUCAUCACGCUAAGCUUCAGAAACUUCAGUCUAGAGACGCAGGAUGUGUGCGAGUUUGACUAUGUGGAAGUUCAUGACAGCAACAGCAUUGGAGCCGGGAGAGUUUUAGGGAGGUUUUGCGGUACUACCUUCCCACCAGACCUGACCUCCUCAGGCCCGCACAUGACAGUGGUGUUUGUGGCAGAUGAGGGUGUGGCAGACAGCGGCUUUAACGCAACAUACCAGGCUGUGUCCAUGCUGAACAGAACAUGUGGCCCGAACCAGAUCGCCUGCAGCACAGGGGAGUGCCUUCAGCAGCAGUGGCUAUGUGACGGAUGGAGUGACUGUUCAGACGGUGCUGAUGAACAGGGCUGUGCUAACUCCACCUACCCUCCUUUCACUUCGUCAUGUGAGAUCAUAGAGGUGGAGAUGUGUCAGGGCCUCAGUUACAACUUUACCUCAUUCCCCAACAUAUGGCUGUCCAUUGCUGACCAGAGGGAAGCCGCUACACUCCUGCGACAGUACCGGGUGCUAAUGGAGCUGGCGUGCUUCGAGCCUCUACGGAAGCUGGUGUGUGGGAUGUUUCUCCCUCAGUGCAGCCCUCAGGGUGGGGUCCUCCAGCCCUGCCGCUCAGUCUGCUCCUCCGCUGAGCAGCAGUGCAGCCAGGCCCUGGACCUCUUCUCCUUUAGCUGGCCUUUCAACUGCCACCUCUUACCAGACUCACAAGACCCAGUGGAGUGUUCACAGCCUUAAAGAUUAAACUGCAACAUCACUUUUACUGCUGUAAAGGGGUUGAAUAUAUUAGUGUUUUACCUAGAAAAUAACUGCAGGGUAAGGUUGUGAAGUUCUUCAGAAUUUAACCUUUGCUCUUUAUCCUUCUGGAGGUCAGGCUAAAGCUGCAUGACCCUUAACCAAGAAAUUAUUGAAUUCGUUGAGCAACGUGAGCAUGAAGACCUUUAAAGUGGUGCAACUUUAAAUAAGACCUAAAACUAAUGGUCCAAGCCUACAGAUGAAGUAAGAAACAAUUGUUAAGUGAACAGACUUUGCAGUUUCUUGCUUUAAUGUCAAUACUGUAAAAAUAAAAAAACACUUACA